UGAAAAAUAAUAUAUUGGUAGUAGUAACAGUAGGCCUAGUUUUACUACUCAUCAUGGAAGCCUGUUAUGGUCAACUAAAAAUAGGAUUUUACAAAGAAAAAUGUGAUUAUGAAGAUGUUGAAUCUAUUGUCAACAAAGUUGUGAAUGAAAGUUUCGCUAGUGACCAUUCUAUUGCAGCUGCACUUCUUCGCAUGCAAUUCCAUGACUGCUUUGUUACUGGAUGUGAUGCAUCAUUGCUUCUUGAUGGAGAUACAAGCGAAAAGAAGGCAGUCGCAAACCUAAAUGUAAGAGGUUUUGAAAUAAUCGACAAAGCAAAAACUGCACUCGGACAAGCUUGCCCAGGUACUGUCUCUUGUGCGGAUAUUAUUGUCAUGGCGACUCGGGACGCUGUUGCCUUGAGCGGAGAAUGCAAAUAACCAAGGCGAUGUCGUCAACUUGGACCAAAACCCUUGAAGUUCCAAUGUCGUUGAUAAUUCAUUCUACCAACAGAUACGUUUAAACAAAGGUAUCCUAGAAAUUGAUCAAAAACUAGCGCUGGACUCAUCUACAGCAGACGUUGUCAACACACUAGCUAACGACGGAGUCACUUUUCUUAAUAUUUUUGGUAAAUCCAUGGUAAAGAUGGGUGGUAUCGGCGUACUCACCGGUACUGAUGGACAGAUUCGACUCAUAUGUAACGCUGUUAAUGCUAUCUGAUUUACCCUU